CAUUCAACGCCGAGAAUUCCAGCCAUAUCUUAGCACGCUUCCCACCGAUAAAACAUACACAAUACACAAUACAAAAUCACCAUCUCCAAAACUCAACCAUCAUGCCGCGAACAAAACCACCUCAGCGCCAAACGCGCACUGCCGAUAUGUCCAUACUCGACAGCAACGAAUACUUCUCUGAUGAAUCGAGUUUUUAUGGAUCGGAAAACGAAAAAUCCCGUCUCGAAUACCUCUCCAAAACCUACGACCCAGAACCCUACUGGGAGAAGAUCCAUCCAAACCUCUAUUCCACAAUCCAGCACGACUCCCUCGCAGCCUCUAAACAACAACCCGUCCCAGAAGUCAACCCCCCAAACCCCACGACCAAAACCAAAUCCAAAGCGCACUCAAAUACUGCUAUCCGAUUCGAGCCCGAAACACCAACAUCCACGACUUCGCACAACGCCCUCAAACGUAACGAGUCCGUCCGGGACUUCCUUACCCGGUUACCGCCCUCUGGGACGAGGUCGGCGGAUGUGGGGCCGUGGAUCCAUGUCGAUAAUCCCGAUGUACGGCAGGGGGAGAAGGACGUUGCGGGGUUUGUGGGUCGGGGGACGGAGAUGUUGAGGGCAUUUGAGGAGAAGAAAGUUGCUGUUGAGGUGGAGAUGGAGGGGGCAUCUGCGCUGGCGAGGGGCCGGAAGUUGGUGCCGUUGCGCCGGGGGUUGGAGAGGGAGAUUUUUGCGCUGGCGAGGGAGACCGGCGUAGUUUCGGGGAAGUGGAUGUUGUUUCUUGGGGAGGAGGUUGUGGAUCGUGUUUGGGGGGUUGUUGUGGAGGAGACGGUGGAGGGUCGGUUGGGCUUUGCGGCGAAGGUGGCCACGCGUGAAGAGGGUGGGAAGGCGAGGUUGUUGGCUAUCUAUACCAAGGAUUUUGAGGAUUUGGAGGAUGUGCGGAGGGUGUUGGAGAGGUUGAUUGAGGUGGGGUUGGUUAGGAAGGAGGAGAGGCCUAUUUAUUAUAAGUGUGAUGCUUAUACUUAUUUGGAGAUUACGAGUGGGAAUUCGUACGGCUUGAAGGCGAGUUUGUUUUCCAGUCGGGAGGUUUUGGAGCGCAAGGUUUGAUUUGUUUUGAUCUGAGUUGAUGUAUUGUCCAUAUAUGCAUCAGAUAUGUGUAAUGAUGAUCAUGACGUUAUGAUCCGCCUGAGCUGCUUUUGCUCGUUGCUUGUAUUGGAUGUGAUAUGAAGGUUGUGAUUGAUGAGCUUGAGCCUGGGUAUGGUUGGUGCUUCCAAGCUCAGCUUUCUUCUGGGAUUUCCCUUGAUAUCGAAGUGAUACCUGCAGGUGAC